GCGAUACCUAUGCGUUCGACUAUGCCUACGCCAAGGCCUUCCCCGUCCACUUGCCGAGCAAUGUGACGCUCGAUGCCGCGACACGGGACCACUUUUCGACCUUGUCGUCAUUGGCGCGGGAUAAUGCACACAGACAGUAUUUCUCUCUGUUCAUGAUUACCUGGAUCUUUGGGAUCUUGACAUACUUCAUGUUCGCUUCCCUCUCCUACGUCUUCAUCUUCGACCACGACACGCUCAAACACCCCAAAUACCUCAAAAACCAAGUCUGGCUCGAGAUCAAGCUCACCCUCGAAUCACUCCCGCAAAUGGCGAUCCUUACCGCGCCCUGGUUUUUGGCAGAGGUGAGGGGGUACAGCAAGUUGUACAUGGACCCGAAGGAGUAUGGGUUGUGGUAUAUGUUUGCGCAGUUUCCGCUGUUCAUUAUGUUUACGGAUUGUUUCAUUUAUCUGAUUCAUCGGGGGUUGCAUCAUCCGCUUGUGUACAAGAGGUUGCAUAAACCUCAUCACAAGUGGAUUGUGCCUACGCCGUAUGCCUCGCAUGCUUUCCACCCGUUAGAUGGGUAUGCUCAGUCUUUGCCGUACCACAUCUUCCCAUUCAUCUUCCCCCUCCACAAAAUCUCAUACAUCGCCCUCUUCACCUUUAUCAACAUCUGGACAAUUCUAAUCCACGACGGCGAAUUCAUCGCCAACAACCCCCUCAUCAACGGUGCCGCCUGCCACACCAUCCACCACCUCUACUUCAACCACAAUUACGGACAGUUCACGACGUUGUGGGAUCGGUUGGGCGCAAGUUAUCGCAAGCCUGAACAGGAGUUGUUUGAGAAGGAGAAGAAGAUGAGUGUGGAGAUGUGGAAGAAGGAGGUUAAGGAGAUGGAGAAGGUGCAGAAGGAGGUUGAGGGGGAUGCGGAUGAUCGCCAAUACCUCUCUGAGGCUCAGGCGAAGAAGACCAUCUAAACGCCCCUCCCCUCAG